UUGUGUGUGGGGGGGUGGGGAAUCCCAUUUUUUGUUCUUGUUUGUUUAUAUGAUAAGGACGCGCUAUUUGGAACUUCUGUAGUACGCGUGGAUGCACGUGAGCGCAUUGUACAGUAUCACUGGCGCGCGCUUCGGGGAAAUCCACAGACAGAACAUAGACAAAUAGAGAGCUUUUUUUUUUUUUCGUCGUGUGCAGGAAAAUCAUGAACAUAAAUAAUCAAAGUGAUGGAGGUGGUGUGAAGGAGAGCCGUGCAGACUCGGAGGCACCGGCUAAGUUGCUGUUUGGCAUUGGUACGGACAAUCUGGUGACGCUGCUGGUGUUCGGGCUGAUCUUCGCGCUCGGCGUGGUGGGAAAUUCUCUGGUGAUCGCCGUCCUGGUGCGGCGCAGAGCGGGUCAACGCCGCGGCACCACUAACAUCUUCAUCUUUAACCUGGGUGUGGCUGACCUGUCCUACCUGCUUUUCUGCGUGCCCUUCCAGUCCACCGUGUACAUGCUUCCCACCUGGGUGCUCGGCGCCUUCAUCUGCAAGUUUGUGCACUACUUCUUCACCGUGUCCAUGCUUGUGAGUGUGUUCACACUGUCCGCGAUGUCCGUGGACCGCUACGUGGCCAUCGUGCACAGCCGGAAAUCCUCGUCUAUCCGCGUGGCGCGGCACGCGCUGUUCGGGGUGCUGGGCAUUUGGGCGCUCUCUCUGGCUAUGGCCGCGCCGGUCGCUUACCACCAGUGCAUCGUGGAGACCGAGGACAACAGCACGUUCUGCUGGGAAGUGUGGUCUGAUCCCAAGAGGAGGAAAGUCUACGUGGUGUGCACGUUUGUCUUCGGCUACCUGUUGCCCUUGAUCCUUAUUACUUUCUGCUACGCAAAGGUACUGAAUCAUCUACACAAAAAUCUGCGAAACAUGUCUAAGAAGUCAGAGGCAUCGAAGAAGAAAACAGCACAGACCGUUCUGGUGGUGGUGGUGGUCUUCUGCCUGUCCUGGCUGCCCCAUCACGUGGUGCAUCUCUGGGUGGAGUUUGGUUCAUUCCCCCUGAACCAGGCGUCCUUCCUUUUCCGUGUGGCAGCUCACUGUCUGGCCUACAGCAACUCCUCAGUCAACCCCAUCAUCUACGCUUUCCUCUCGGAGAACUUCAGGCAAGCCUACAAGCAGGUGUUCCGGUGCCAUGUGGCCAGUGAAUGUCCAACACAGGAUGCUCGAGAAACAAGAAACAAGAUGGAGAAAGUUCCACCCACUAACUGCACCACGGUUUAACUUACUACACCCAUUGUCUUGACUUUGUUUUGCUCGUGUAACGCUGGAGAUUGCUUCAGGUACAAAAGGCAGAUGUUGUGGACCAGCUGUAGUCUUUUCUUUCUGUCAUGUAAUCAAGCAUGCUGUGACAUUUCAAGCAACUUUCUCUUUUUUUAUCGUCAAUAAGAAAAUACUAUUCUGUAUUAUGUUAAUAAGUGCAGUGAAAGAUUUUAAUCUGUGUUGUUGUUGUUAUUGUUGUUGUUGUUGUUGUUGUUUUAUGCAUAUACCCAUGAAUUUCUGGACUUUUUUAAAGUCAGACCUUAUCUAUGACUUGAAAUUGAUGUUUUGAGACUGAGAUUUUGACCUAGACUAGAAUAUUUCAGUUUGCUUGAUUAGUCUGUGUAAAGAAUUGUUUCAGUAGCGUUCAUUCAAUUACACUUCUACAAUCUACCACAUUUCCUCCAUCCACCACCUGAUUCCAAGAGGAAGAAGAAAAAUGGACCAGGAAACAUGUACGAGCCUCAACUAGGAGCAUCAACAUCUACAGAGACCUAACAACAAGCUGGAAUAGACUAAGAGGUUGUACUGUUAGAAAUCUGGA